AUGAACGUGAUCACAUGGGUGCAAUCCAGAUACUCUCGAUUCUCACCAAACUCCGCUUCCGAGUUUACAGCGGCUAGCAGGUCCCUCAAGACAGGUAUAGUCGUCGCCGGGAUUCUGAGCUCAUGGACGUGGAGUUUGACCUUGUUGCAGAGCGCGACGCAGUCAUACAACAUGGGCGUCUCAGGCGGGUACUGGUACGCGGUGGGCGGCACGCUCCAGAUCGCCGUCUUUAGCGUCAUCGCGAGCAAAGUCAAGAUGAACGCCAAUCGCGCGACGACGUUUCCAGAAGUCGCCUUCGUCCGCUUCGGCACCACGGGACACUUGGCUUUCCUCUGGUGUGGGAUCGUCUGCAACGCGAUUGUGUCCGCAUGUAUCCUUCUUGGGGGAGGGGCUGUGGUGUCUGCAUUGACAGGAAUGAACGCCUACGCUGCGUUGUUCCUUAUCCCUGUCGGCGUCGCUGUUUAUGUUGCGACCGGUGGUCUUCGAGCGACGUUCAUCAGUGACGCCACCCACACGUUCUUCCUUCUCGGGAUCCUGCUUUCCUUCGGCUUCAUCACCUAUACGAAGUCGGCGAUCAUCGGGAGUCCAGGAAGGAUGUGGGAGCUACUCACCGAAGCGGCCAAAAUUGCACCCGUCGAAGGGAACUACCACGGAUCCUAUCUCACCUUCCGUUCGCGGCCCGGUGCUAUCUUCGCGGUCCAGUCUAUCAUCACAGGCUUUGGCCUUGUCACCUGCGAUCAAGGUUAUUGGUCCAGAGCUAUUGCAUCCAACCCCGCCACCACGGCUAAGGCAUACUUCCUUGGUGGCUUCGCCUGGUUCUCGAUCCCCUUUGCGUGCGGAACAGUCCUGGGGCUGGGUGCACGUGCCCUUGGUACUCUUCCUGACUUCCCAGCCCUCACUUCAGAAGACAUAGGCGCCGGUCUUGCAGGCGCUGCGGCCGUGACAUAUCUAUUAGGCACUGCUGGCGCUGUGCUCAUGCUCCUGCUCGUCUUCCUCAGUGUCACUUCGGCAUUGAGUGCGGAGAUGAUUGCAACAUCCACGUUGCUCUCAUACGAUGUCUAUCGCCAUUAUUUCAAGCCCUCUGCCACCAGCCAGCAAGUGGUCACGGCUUCGCGAUACUUUAUUGUUUUCUGGGCGGUGUUCUCGGGGGGACUUGCAUCCAUCUUCAAGGCUGUCGGGAUCAACCUUGGGUGGCUAUUCUACUUCCUCGGAGUUGCGACGGCAUCUGGUGUUUUCCCGAUUGCGUUGACUUUCACCUGGAAAGAUCUCAGUAAAGCCGGCGCUGUGGCUGGGUCCUUGGGUGGUAUGGCCAUCGCUCUCAUCGUUUGGCUGGCCACCGCCAAAGGCCUGUUCGGCGAAAUCACAAUCGACACGCUCUCAGAUCAGUGGGUGUCGUUUGCGGGCAACGCAGCGGCCAUCGUCUCCGGAGGCGUCCUCUCCAUCGGGCUGUCUCUCUGGCGCCCUGCGAACUUCGAUUGGGAGAAGACCCGGAACAUGUCCACGGUCCACGAGAGCGUAGGGACCGUCGAUGAAUCCUCGGAGAAGGGCGGCGAGAAGGGCGACCUUGAAGGCGAGGGGAAGUCGAUUAGCCGCGAGUCGGGCAACGCGCAGGAGCACGACGGGCUUGACUUCAUCGCUUUGCAGAGGACGUUCAAGAUCUACGGAUUGCUCUUCGCGGCCUUGGCGUUGAUCAUCACCAUCAUCAUUCCAGUCCCAUUAGGUGCCUCGCCCUAUAUCUUCUCAAAACAUUUCCUCGCCGCUGUCGUGGGAGUCAUGUUUAUCUGGCUAUUCGUCGCCUCGUUCUUGGUCGUAUUUUUGCCAAUCAUAGAGUCUCGGAAAGCUCUAUGGCGGAUUGCUCGUCAACUUGUGGGUAAAUAG